AUGGAGUCACGGAUGAUGAGUGCAAAACAUUUUGUUAGGAAUUUUGAUCAGCGCAACCUUCCGCCUGCAACCGAUCUUCUCUUCCGCCAAGCUAUGGCGAUCCCCGCCGUACCCAAACGUAAAUCCCCAAAGAGAAGAUCAGAGACUUUUAUCCAUAAGUUUUACAAGAAUCCCAAAAUCCCCUUCGCUUUUGCUUUGCUUCUCGCCGAUGCCGUCCUUACCGCCCUCAUCAUCGCCUAUGUUCCUUAUACAAAGAUUGAUUGGGAUGCUUACAUGUCGCAGGUUGAUGGAUUUAUUGAAGGAGAGAGAGAUUACAGCAAUCUGAAAGGGGACACAGGACCUUUGGUUUAUCCUGCUGGCUUUCUUUAUGUUUACUCUGCCAUACAAUAUGUUACAGGAGGCCAGGUCUAUCCUGCCCAGAUCCUGUUUGGCUUUCUCUACAUUGUGAACCUUGGAAUAAUGUUAUUCAUUUAUGUGAAGACUGAUGUGGUACCUUGGUGGGCUCUGACUUUGCUUUCUUUAUCCAAAAGAUUGCAUUCAAUCUUCGUGCUUCGUCUGUUCAACGACUGUUUUGCAAUGACUCUUCUGCAUCUUUCCUUGGUUCCACUCCUUUAUCAGAAAUGGCAUCUGGGUUUGAUUGUCUUCAGUGCAGCUGUUUCAGUGAAGAUGAACGUGCUUCUUUUUGCUCCAUCAUUGUUCCUUCUCAUGCUCAAGGGCAUGGGCAUUAUGGGGGUGAUAUCGGCUUUAACAGGAGCUGCAUUAGUGCAGAUUCUAUUGGGGUUACCAUUUCUGUGGUCUUAUCCAAUUGCAUAUCUAUCAAACGCCUUCAAUCUUGGACGCGUCUUUAUCCACUUCUGGUCUGUCAACUUCAAAUUUGUCCCGGAACCAAUAUUUGUGUCGAAGAAGUUUGCUCUCAUCUUACUAUUUGCUCAUCUCGCUCUUCUUGCCCUUUUUGCACAUUAUAGGUGGUGCAAGCAUGAAGGAGGAUUAGUCUCUUUCUUGCGUUCUAGAUUCCUUCAAAAGCAGCUCAAAACCUUUCCUCCUAAUAAAACUCACAAUUCUAUCUCUGGAUUACAGCUUCUUAAAAGAGAGCAUAUUGUUACAACCAUGUUUACUGGCAAUUUUAUUGGCAUCGUUUGUGCUCGCUCUUUGCACUAUCAAUUCUACUCCUGGUAUGUCUGCAGCCUACCAUAUCUUUUGUGGAGAACAUCCUUUCCAAAUAUAGUGCGGGUGCUGUUGUUUGCAGGGGUGGAGGUGUGCUGGAAUGUUUUCCCCUCCAAUGUCUACUCCUCCAUGGCGCUUCUUUCUUUACAUGUACUAAUCUUGUGGGGUCUAUGGAGGGCUCCAUCUGAGUAUCCAUAUCAAAAUCACAGAUUGCAGAAGAUCAAGUGAAACUUGUUUUCAUUUUUUUUUUUUUAGGUUUCAAAAUGUUUUUCUUUUGUUUGUUUCUAUUAUCAUCCACAAUCUCAUCGUUGUUCCUUAGAAUGACACAAACAAACCUAUGCAUUUUCUGUUUGGCUUCUUCCUAUUAAUGGAGUU